GUCGGGGGAAGGGACUCCCGGGAGAGAGACGGCGCUGCGAGCGCGAGUGCCCUCUGAUGGCCGGAGAUCAGUACGAGGAGUCGGACGGGAGCGCGCAGCUGUACACCCCAUCGGGCGACGAGCUGGGCGAGGACGGCGGAGGACUGCCUCCUGGCCCCGCCGAGGAUCUGAGGCUCGUCGCAGGCCAGGCGUACACGUCGACUGGCCACAACGCCCAGGGCGACGUCCAGGGCCGCUUCGCGUGGGUCGCCCUUCGCGUCUCCGUCGGAGUCGAGACGUUCGCGAGGCCGAGGUUCCUCUUCUCGAGCGACCCGUACUGGGACUGGUGGGCUGCGAACCCAGGCGAGAGGGGUGCUGUGACUGCGCGGCCCCUUGUCCAUGCGUGUCGGACGCAGCCGUGCCCGAUCCAGCCCCCUCGGGACUGCUCAGAGCUGGUGCACAUCACAGAUGCGACCCCCGUCUCGGUCGCCGAGCUGCGGGAGGUCUUUGCUUCGUUCCUCUCGGACAACCCAGACGCGGUCUGGCCUGCCGACCUCUUCGGACCGCGGCUCGCUGGCGGGGUGCCGGCGCGGGCGCCAGCCAGGAGUCCGGCCGCGUCGGAGCAGCCAGGGCUGGACGAGCUUUGGAGCGGCGACGUUGUCGAGGCGGAGGGGAGCGGCCGCCGCGCCAGCCUCCGCGGGAAGCUGGAGGCAGCGCAGGACCGCUUCGCGCGGCUUCAGCAGCAGCGGCGGGCCGCGGCGGGAGCUGCGGAGGUGGUCGCUGCCCUGGACGGCGACCCGCCCGCGAAGGUUCCGCGGCAGGGCGGACCGCCGCCGCAGCGGUCGCUCGCCGAGGUCUUGGAGGAGCGCGUGCAGAAGGCGGCGAAGGUCGGGGCAGUCGCCUCGGCCGAGGACGCCAAGGGCGCAGAGGCGGCCGCCCCCGCGGCUGGACAGGGCGGAGCUGGCGUGCAGGAGCUGCUGACGGCCCUCCUCAAGGCGCUGCAGAGCGCGUCCAGGUCGUCCGACGACCCGUCCUUCGGCGGCGACGGUGGUGUCGCCACUGCCGAGGGCGACUUGCUACCGAAGGGCCUCGCGUCUCGACGGGCCCACUGCAGGAGAUUGGCCCUCGAGCAUCCAGGCAGGCUUGCGGAGCUGAGUCUGGCACAGAUGGCAGAGUUUCUGGGAUCUCAGGACGGCGGCGGGUCGGUCGAUCCGCACGGUCCCAUCGUCCUUCGGUUCCUCCUCUCAGUCUACCUGCCGCAGCACCCUGUCAAGGAGAUAGGGGGCGAGAUCUACCGCGAGCUGCGGACGAUCGCGGAGGCGCUGGAACUGUUGCUGCAGGGGCGCACGGCCGCGGUCGCCGACAUCCUCGCCCAGCGCUUCAAGGCCAUCCAGGUGGCUGUGGGGGACGGGAGCUGGUCGGCGGCGAAGUGGCUCGAGCUGAUACCGCCGCGGGACCAGCCUCUCGCGCUGCGCAACGAGGAGGAGGAGAUGAUCAGGAGCAUCCAGCACGGCGAGCUCAAGCUGGAGGCGCGGAGGCAGCCAGCGGCCGCAGGCUCCGCAGAGGCCGACCGCAUGCUGGCCGACAGGGCGGCAGCCCCAGCCCGCUUGGUCGUGCUGACGCGGCCUUGGAAGGACGCCAAGGCGAAGUGCCCGAAGAAGCCUGGCGAGACGGCCAAGGAUUCGCUCACCACAUCGGACUUCCAGGACUGGCUGCGCGUGCUCACGGUCGGCUGCGGGUCGAGCCUCACUGCCGUGGACUUGUCCGUCACGCUGCUGGGCCUUACCAUCACGGACCCUGUGGGUCUGGGCGCCUUCGCUAGGGAGUUCACGAAGCGUACGUCCACAAGGUCUGUCAUGGUGGAGCGCUGGCUUUGCAUGGAGGUGCUCGGCCUGAAUCGGAUGUACUGUGGGCGGGCGACCGCCACUUGGCAGCACGGGGGGUCCCUCACGCUGGCGCAGCGGCAGGCCAUGGCGCACCUCCUGUCGCGGGCCGAGGUCUUUGCGGAGGACCCCUUCGCGAGCGUGAAGAUGCCCGCGCUGUCGUCCGCGCCUCAGCACGCGGUCAUCGACUACAGCGAGGAGCCCACGGUCAAGGCACUCUUGUGCGUGCUCGCGGAGCUGAAGCCAGGCCUGCCGCACCCGGAGCACGGGGGCGCCUUGGACGCAUGUGAGUUCGUGGAUGCGGACAUCGGCGCCUGGCUGAACGACCCCACGGUGGCGCUGCAUCCCAAGGCUGAGUGGUCCAACCCGCUCCCGAGGGCGCGGGUCAACGUCAUCAUUGGCAACGGCUGGGAGGCCCUCGCAGUGCACUUGGUGAAGUUGGGCAUUCUUACGGAGCUCGAGCCGCAUGAGGUGUUCCAGGUGCGGGGCGCUCCGCUCCUCAACGGCCUCUUCGCAGUCGAGAAGAAGGGAGCGCCUGGGCCGAGGGCUGAGCGGGUCACCAGGCUCAGCCUCAACGUGGUCCCAGGCUACUCGCUCCUCACGCCGUUUGUCGGAGGGGCGUCUACUCUUGCGGCGUCGACGGGGGGGGCGACCCUUCAUCUGCCCGAGGGCUCCCUGCUGCGGUGGAUUGGCGAUGACCAGAAGGGGGCCUUCUUUGUGUGGCGGAUCCCGCGCUGCUGGCAUGCUCACGUGGCGGUGGGCAAGGCGCUGCGCGGCGACCUGUCUGGUCGCGCGGCGCCGCGGGUCCUCGUGGUCUCAGCUGUCAUCUCGAUGGGUUGGACGCUCGCCGUGCCGCUGUUCCAGCACAUGCUUUGGCGGCUGUGUCGGCCCCCGCCGCCGCUUGGAGCGGGUCUACCACCAGGGGCAGAGUGGCGGAAGGACACGGUGCGGCCGCUCGCUUUAGCUGAGCAGUGCCCCGUCCUUGCAUCUUGGUGUCAGGUAUACAUCGACGACUUCGACGCCCCCGAGACCAUUGAGGAGGCCGCGGCGCUGGAGCUGCUUGGUAGCCAGGCAGAGUUGCAGGCUGCGGCCCGUGCCAGUUGCGGCCGUGCGCAGGUGGCGAUCUCCCUCGAGCAGGCGCGCCUCUGCCAGCUGCACGUUGAAAGGAUGGGGGCUUCUGUUGACGGAGUCACGGGGCGGAUCGCGGCCCCCCUCAGCAAGGCGUCGUCCGCCUACGGUCUCGCCAUCGCGACGCUCGGCCUGGACUUGGUCCCGUGGAGGCUGGGCGUGGCUGUGCUCGGCCGCCUUGUCAGGGCCUUCGAGUUGCGACGGCCCUUGCUCAGCAUUUUGAGCGCAGUGUGGAGGCUUUCAGAGCCGCGGACAAAGGUCUACCUGACGCGGGAGAUGAGGGAGGAGCUGAUGGCGACGCUCCUCGUGAUCCCGCUCGCCGCUACCUCGUUGAGGGACCUCUGCAUCGGGCUGUUCGACGGCGUCUGCGGGCUGGCGGUCGCGCUCUCUCGCCCCCCUGUGCGCAUCGUCGGGUACGUGAGCGCCGAGACGGACGCCAAGGCCGGGAGGGUCGUACGGCUCAGGUGGCCGGGCGCCAUCGACUGGGGCGACGUCAGGACCGUGACCGCCCAGACGGUGGAGGACUUGAGGAUAGCCGACCAGUCCGAGGUCGACCUGGUGGUCGUGGGCGCAGGCAGCCCGUGCCAGGCGCUCACGGGGCUGAACGCUGCUGGGCAAGGCCUGGGCGACCCCAGGUCCUCGGACUCUUUCGAGGUGCCGCGCAUCUUCGAGCUGCUGUCAGACGCUUUCGGGGCGCACUUCAGGUGGUUCGUGGAGAACGUCGCGGGCACGGCGACCAGCAGCCUGUGUGGCAUGAGCCAGGCCUUCGGCGCCAAGCUCGUGCUCCUGUGUGCCUCGGCUCUGGUGCCCUGCAGGAGGCCGCAGCGGUAUUGGCUGAGCUGGGGCGUCCGCCCCAUUUUGCCGCUGGUUUUCCAGGAGCGUGAGGAUAUGUUCGUCGUCAGUUGCAGUGAGCCGCCCCUGUUGAAUUUGGAUUGGCGGGAUCCUGGGAUGCGCUGGAUCGGCGAGCCUGGCCCGUACUCGACCCCCGUAUGCAGCGGGCCCCAAGGAGGCUACCCUUCAGCGCCGCGCAGGGUGAAGAGUGCUUUGCCCGAGGCGCUCGCUCGCUGGCAGUUGGAUUCGUAUCGCUACCGUGCUGCGCUCUACGAAGAGAGGACCCUCUUGCAGGACAGCGACGGGUCUUCGCGGGUCCCUUCAAGCUCCGUGCAGGAGAGGAUGAUGGGAUUCGACGUGCGUUGCACGGCUGUGGCCACGGAGGGCUCGAACCAGCAGGAUAGCGACGACGCCAGGUCCUUCCUACUGAACAACAGCUUCAACGUGUUCUCGGAGCUGGGGCACGUCGGCGAAUGCACGCCGUCGUGGAACGAGACGGGCGGCUUCGAGAGCGACGCGAGGGAGCCAGAGACCGAGGCCAGCCGCCCCCUGCUCCUCAGCUACCUCGCCUGGACCGAGGAGGGCGGGCGCGGUGUGCGCCUCGACGUGUACCUGCC